UUCCUCUAUCUCAUGACUCAUUCCCAGUUCCCAUCACCAUUUCCGUGUGUGCGUUUCUCUCUCCCUCUGAUCUCUUGUUGGCUAAUAACUCUGUUUCCAUUUGAGGCUCAGCUCCUGCAUUCCAUCUCUCAUGACGCCUUGGGCGGAUAUAUGCAGCCAGAGAAAGCGCGGCCGUUGCCGAAAUUCGGCGAGUGGGAUGUGAAUAACCCGGCCUCAGCCGAUGGAUUUACAGUGAUAUUUGCCAAGGCAAGAGAUGAGAAAAAAGGAACCGGAAAUCCCGCCGCUUGCCCACCGCCGGCAACAAGGCCCGGUGAUCCCCGUGAUGACGACCUCCCCACGAAAAGGCGGUUCUGCUGUUUCUGAAACAUGGGUAGGAGGUUGUAAUUUGUAAAGGAUGUGAAAGCAGGGCUGAGGAAAUUUUUUUAUGUAAUUUCCACAUUUUAAUUUUAAAUAUUUUUAUCUAAAAUAUAAUUAGUAAUUGGGUUUAUUUAUGUCAUCAAUUACUAAUUAUUGAAUAGUAUAUUGAUUCAAUCCCGACGUUAGGUAAAAACCAACUUAUUAAUUAUUAUGUAAAAAUAUCAAAAAAUAAGAAUGUGUUAAUGGUAUUAUUCUUUACUA